GUACAUUGGAAGUGUUUAACACACGAUGGCGACUGUGAAGCAGCUAAUCAUUUUCUCAGUUGUGCUCUCAGUUAAAGCAUCCAGUGAUGUGUACAAGCUGGUCAACAGUUCUGUUCGACUGGACACACAAGAUAAAAACGUUCAGUUUGAUCUAUUCAAGUGGAUGUUUAAGCAGGGGAACACUAUUCUGAAAUACGACAGUGAGAGUAAAUCCAUAAGGAAAUAUAAUGCUUAUAAAGACCGGGUGGAGUUCAAUACUGAAACACUGAGUUUAACACUGAAGAACCUACAGAAGACUGAUAGUGGACUGUAUGAAGCAAAAGCUGAAAGUAACCAGGAGAAAAUUGUGGCUAAUUACACACUGUAUGUUUUGGAUCCAGUGAAGGAACCAGAACUUACUUCUGUUUACCAGCAGAGCAGUGACUCCUGUAAUGUGACCUGUUUAGGUCUCACACUCUCAAUCAACUCAAGCUUUGACAAGAAAACCUGUGAGGAGAGUGAGACAUUAACUGAUGGUGUCUCCUAUACACUUUCUCUCUGUGUUAAUGGCAGCCAUGUGAUCUGUAAUCAUAGUAACCCAGUCAGCUCAAAAGUGUUUUCGGCGGAGAUAAUUCAACUCUGCCCUCGUGAGCCUGAAUCCAUAAGUAAGUACAGUACAUACAGUGCAUAUAAACUGGCUCAUAAAAUGCAGAGUUUAGGCAACCCUGACUACAUUUUAAAAUCAUUUCAUUAUAGUCAGUGUGUGGACUUCUUUUUUUAUCCUGUGGGUUACUAGGAAAUAAAAAAAUAGGCUCA